CCCCGUUACCCCAUGCGAUGGAUCUGAGGAGAACAGUCAGGGCAGUCCACAGGACGCUGCUGCUCAUCGCAAUGCUGUUCAAGUGGGGGAUGAGCUACUCAGAGAUGUCCAGCAAGUGCUGGUCAUUGCCAUGCCAGAACGGGGGCACGUGUGUCGACGCGGAGGAUGACUACAUCUGCCUGUGCUCCCGGGCCCCCCCGCUGUACAUGGGCAAGGACUGCGAUCGGCUUUUUGAUGACUGCCCGUCCCCGCCGUGCGCCAACUGCACGGGCGCCGAGAGCCACGCUUGCGUCUGCCCCCCCGGCCUGACCGGUGCCGACUGCUCGGUGGACAUGGACGACUGCGAGAGCGCCCCCUGCAGGCCGCCCCGCUCACGCUGCGUUGACCGCCUCGCCGGAUACACCUGCCACUGCCCGCGUGGCUGGGGGGGUGCCGACUGCUCCAGCCCUGUGGAGGAGUGCUCUGACCAGCCGUGCCUCCACGGCGCCUCCUGCCUGCAGGUACCCGACGGCUUCCAGUGCGUCUGCGCCCCUGGCUUCCGCGGCGAGCGCUGCGAGGAGGACGUGGACGAGUGCUGGUCAGGGCCCUGCCAGAACGGCGCCCUCUGCCUGGACGGCGUUGGCACCCAUCGCUGCUUCUGCGUUCCCGGCUUCCAGGGCUACAACUGUGAGAUUGACAUCAAUGAGUGUGCCUCCAGGCCAUGCAGGAACAAUGGCACCUGUGUCAAUGAGAAGGACCGCUACCUGUGCCAGUGCAUGCUGGGAUAUGCAGGAGUCAACUGUGAGCUGGAGAUAGACGAGUGUGCCUCCAGACCCUGCCAGAACGGCGCCACCUGCCACGACCACCUGGGCCUGUACACAUGUGAUUGUCACCCGGGAUACGAAGGUCUGGACUGCGAGAUUGACGUCGAUGAGUGUGAGAGCAGCCCCUGUCUCAACCGGGGCACCUGCAUCGACCAGGUGGACAGCUACAAGUGCGACUGCGGUGGCACGGGGUUCGCCGGAGCCCGGUGUGAGGAGAACAUUCCUGAAUGUGCUUCCAACCCAUGCCAGCACAACUCCACCUGCUUGGACGGAGUAAAUCUCUACACCUGCCAGUGUUGGCCUGGCUACGAGGGUGAGCGCUGUGAAGUGGACCUGGAUGAGUGCGCGCUGGAGCCGUGCGAGAACGGGGCUGAGUGCAUCCAGCGCUCCGACCAGCGCUACCGCCAGCUGCAGCCAGACGGCUGGGAGUUCAGCUACGCGGAUGCCGCCGGCUACCAGUGUCUGUGCCUCGCUGGCUUUACAGGAGAGAAUUGCUCAGUGGACACGGAUGAGUGUGAGUCGGACCCAUGCCAGAACCAAGCCUCCUGCGUGGACCUGAUUGACGGCUAUGCCUGCGAGUGUCAGCCAGGCUUCUCCGGCCCAGAGUGCCAGGUGGACAUUGACGAGUGUGAAAACCAGCCCUGCCAGAAUGGCGCGUCGUGUGAGGACUCCAUGGCUGGGUACAGCUGCCUCUGCCCUGAGCCCGAGCCCGGGGGUGUGGCCUGGGGGGGUCACGACUGCCACAUCCAGCUCCUGGGCUGCACGGAGCACCAGUGCCAGAAUGGGGCCACCUGCGUGCCCCUGCUCAGGCCGGACGGGGAACACAGCUACUCCUGUCGCUGCCCCGUGGGUUUCCAUGGCGACCACUGCAGCGUGCCCACCACCUUCUCCUUCUCCACCCCGGAGUUUGUACUUAUCGAUGUGACCCCCGCCAACGGGACCCGGAAGGACCUGGGAUCUGCUGUGAUGCUGCGGUUCCGCACCACCCUGCCCGACGUGGUCAUGCUCUACCUCGGUGACGUGCGGGACUAUCUCUCCCUGGAGAUUGUGACCGGCGACCUCCUCGCCAGGGCUGCUGUGGGUGGAGCUGAGCGGUUGGAGGCAGUUCUUCCUGGGCCUGUCAAUGACGGCCAAUGGCACGAGGCCAGAGUGGACCUGGGGGCGGGGCUGUGGCUGAGGCUGACCAGCUCGAACUGCAGCAGGGAGCCUUGCGUGGCAGAGCUUCACAAAGCCCCCUGGCGGCUGUUCAGCAUCCCACCCUCCUUCUCCAGUGUCUCCCUGGGCGGUGCCCCACCUGAGCUCCUGGUUAACACAGCGAGCAAUGGGGGCUUCAUGGGCUGCAUGGAAGACCUGCGGAUUGACUCGCAAACUGUCCUGCCGCAGAACAUCCCCCCGGACCGGUCCCACGGCUUGGAGGUCGGAUGCAGCUGGACUCAGUGGUGCCACUCGGACCCUUGUCUUGGCCACGGCCGCUGUAUAGACAUGUGGGCCACCUUCAACUGUGACUGCUACAGCCCCUAUCAUGGAGACAACUGCUCAGAGGAGUACUCCCCAUGGACUUUCAGCCAUGAGGGCUCGCUGAGUUACGCCUCCUAUGACGUCCGGUCCAAUCACGGCACCUGGCUCUCCGUCUUGUUGCUGCUGCGCUCGAGGAAGCAGGCUGGCCUGGUGCUGCAGCUGCAGAGGGAGGGCGGAGCCUACCUCACCAUAUAUCUGCGGGAUGGCCAGCUGCACGUGAGCGUCCCGCCAGCCCCGCCCACCGUCGCCAAGGUGACCAUCACUACUGGCGAAUGGCAGCUGCUCACCGUUGACUUCCUGCACGACCGGGUCUUUCUGAACCAUGCUAACUCACUCUACUUCCUGGGGAGUGUCCCCACGGUGUGGGCAGAGGCGGGGGACGUAGCCUACAUUGGGGGCCUGCCUCAGGGGCAUGGAGUGGAGGCCUGGGGGGGGCACUUUAAGGGCUGCCUGUGGGACGUGCGUCUGGACAGGACGCGGUUGGAGGUGGACACGUGGAACGGCACACUGGAUUCUGCCCCCAGAGAUACCUAUUUCCCACGCGAUGUCGUCAAUGUAGAGCCAGGCUGUACAAGUGACAACAGCUGUCAGGGGGUGCUGUGUCGCAACAAUGGCUUGUGCCUCGUGACGUGGAACGACUUUGUGUGCUCCUGCAAUGAAAACUUCACGGGGAAGACCUGUGAGACUCGGCUGUGGUGUGCCGGCAUGCCCUGUGCCACUGGCAGUCGCUGUGUGGACAUGGCCGAUGGAUAUGAGUGCCUCACAGAAGCCACGUUUGAAAACAAUGCCUUGCAGUACAGCUCUGGGGGCUCCCUCGUCUCCCCAGUGACCGACAUCUCCAUGGAGUUGCGUACACGGGCCCAAGAUGCCCUUCUGCUGCAAGCAUCCAAUGGAACGCAGCUCUUCCGCCUGGGCCUGCAGAAUGGCUCUCUGGCUGUGGAAAUGCACAGCAGGGACAGUGUGCAGCCAUUGAGCUUCGCCAGCAAGACACCUGUCGCGGACGGCGACUGGCACCACGUGCAGCUAGCCAUGGCAGACCCCCGUUACACAGCAUCGCCCUGGGUGAUCACCGUUGACCGGCAGAAUGAUACCGGCAGCCCGGGAGUCUCUGGUAGCCUCGAUUUCCUGAACGACUCCAUAGUGUAUCUGGCUGACAGCUUCGUGGGCUGCCUGCGGGAGGUGAGGGUGGGUGGGGUCUACUUGCCUUUUAUGGACGUCCUGGAAGUGCCCCAGAGGUCACGCUUCCUCAGACAUGGAGGUCGAGACGCCCAGGCUGGAUGCUCAGGACCUCCGGUGUGCCUGUCCCAGCCCUGUCUGAACAGCGGGACAUGCGAGGACCGCUUUGGGCUGUUCUACUGUGUCUGCGCACCCGGUUGGGAGGGCCAGUACUGCCAGGACAACAUGGAUGACUGUGCGUCCAGACCCUGCAUCCACGGGACUUGCCACGACCUGCUGGCAGACUUUGAGUGCCGUUGCCCACCAGGAUAUGGGGGGAAGAUCUGUGAGAAAGACCUGGAUGACUGUGAGGGACACGUUUGUAAGAAUGGAGGUACCUGCCUGGACAGAGCGAACAGCUAUACCUGCAUCUGCCCGCCCGACUUCAGGGGACCUCUGUGCGAGUGGAGCUACCCACCAGUCCAGUGCGACACGGAUGUGAUCUGUGUGCAUGGCGAGUGCAAUGAUGGGCUUUGGGGGGCCAACUGUACCUGCAGCCCUGGCUACACAGGAGAGAGGUGUAAGACAGAGAUAGAUGAGUGUCAGUCAAACCCCUGCCAGCAUGGGGGCUCCUGCUUGGACCAACUCAACAAGUUCCUGUGCGUUUGCGUCCCUGGCUUCGUGGGCCCCCACUGUGAGACCAGUAAGCAGGAGCAGAAGGAUCGCAUCCCCUGGUUGGUGGUGGCCAUCCCCUUGGCCUGCUGCUGCCUCCUGCUGGCCGCCAUCGGCCUGACAUUAGCCGUGCUGACGGCCCGCAAGAAGCGCCAGUCGGAGGGAGCGUAUAGCCCCAGCCAGCAGGAGGUGGCCGGUGCGCGCCUGGAGAUGGACAGUGUGCUCAAGGUGCCCCCGGAGGAGCGCCUCAUUUGAGCCCCCAGUAUCCUGGAUGUGCAGCCACAACAGCGCCCACAUGACUCUGCUAAAAAGGAUGCAGGAGUUUGGGGAUUAGGGGGGUACAGAGGGGUUCAGACUGCCCCAGUCUGUUUUCUGGCUUAGUCAGGUACCCAGCAAGACUGACAGAGGACAUUUGAACUACGUUAGAAGGAGCCGGCAGCCUUUGACUUGGGCCACGGACUCUUAGAGCAGAAACACAAAGGAACACACAACACAUUCCUUAAAGCCUGCCCUGGAGAGACAGCCAACUCGCGUGCCUCACACUGCCUGGCCUCCUGGAAAAGGACAGGAGUGGCACCAUGACCCGAGUUCUAUCCUUUGGGUUCUGUUUUUCUGAGUUCUCUGGGUUGUAUUAUCUAAAUUCAGUUGUUUUUUUUUGUUUCUAUUCUCUGCAUUCUGCGUUCUGUUCUAAGGUUUGUUCUCUGAGUUCUGUUUUCAGUUUUUUCUGUGUUCUCAGGUUCUGUUUUCUGAGUUCUAUUUUCUGUAUUAUGUUCCGAGUUCUGUUUUGAGAUCUGUUAUCUGCUUUCUGUGUUCUGUUCUGAGUUCUGUUUUUGAUUUUUGAGGACUAUUCUCUGGCACCCAGACAAUUUCUCUCACUUUCUUUGUCUCUCUCCCUUCUGAAAAUUACUAGCCUCUGAUCCUGUAUGCCUGUAUGUAUAUUUUGUUUUGCUACAGAAAUGUAGAGAUCUUUUCGAUAUGCAUUUUACAAAUUUGUGAUUUUUUUGUAAAGCUUCGAUAAAUUGCAAAUAUGGAUGAAAGGGCAAUAGUCAGAUGAGGAAAGUAUAAGAAGUUAUCAGCUUAAACAUGACUAUUUAUGUGGUGCACAUUCAAGUGACAAUCAGCCUGCCAAUCAGCAUAUAAAAAUGAAACAUAUAAAAGAAAUACUGGUAACACUUAAAGUUGUCGUUUAUAAUGCAUUAUUGAUACCUUCAUAAUGCAUUAUAACGUUCAGUAUAAGAAUUACUAAAGCAUUGCAGCAUCUGCUAUUGACAGUCAUGAGACAUUACAGUGUUAAUUACGAUACUUCAUAAGCUCCAAUGAUGCUCUCAUCUAUA